AUGGACCAGGCAGACAUCCCGGCGCUGCUGUCGCGCCUCGCUAGCGACGAGGACGCAGCGCGCAAGAUGGCCGUCUUCAAACUGCAGUCAUCCAUCAACGACCCCGCCUUCGCCGACGUCUUCAUCUCCUCCGGCGGCCUGAUUAUUUUGCGCCGGCUCAUCAUGGGCACCGGCGGCAAUACGCUUGCCUACUCGCUGCAGAGUCUGACGAGGCUCCUCGAGGUGGAUAUGGGCUGGGACAUAUUCGAGGGCCCAACCGCUGGCGACCUUGUCGAGCGCGUCGUCGAGCUGAUAGUGACAAACCCCCUGGUCAAUAUCCUGCGAGGUGCCAUGUCGAUACUGGUUGCGCUCGUGAGCCACUCGCAGUCGACGCCACGCGGUCAGAAUCGCGUACCCGGUACUUUCGGUUUCCGGGCGCUGAAGCCAGCCGUCGCUGUGUACCCUCAGUUCUUCGAUCUGGUAAUACAACAGCUGCAGUCGGCAGAUCAUGCACUCUGCGCCAACGCACUCAUGCUCAUCAACGCCCUCAUUAGAGAUGCCGUGUCAGCCGACCCGGCCGCCGCCAAUGGCAAGGCCAGCACCGCUGGAGAAGAGUGGCCCAAGUUCAUCAAGCGCCUGCAGGACCUGGGCUUGAUCAAGGCCGUGUACAACCUGAUGCAAAGCUCGGCGUUGCAGGAUCUCGCCCACCCGCUGCUUGAGUUCCAAAGCCUGACCAAGCUGCUGCUCCGGAAAUGGAGAGAGGUGCACGUAGACCUCGAACGGCCAGAACAUCGGAGGGCACUGAAGGGAUUGCAUCUUGCAAGUGCACCGAGCCGGGACCACGCCAACGGCGUUGAAAAGUCAGAGGACGGGCAGUCUGUUGGCAGGAAAGGAAGCAAGAAGCACAACCCUGAGAAGUGGAGGAGGUUAGGAUUUGAGACCGAGAGCCCGGCUGCUGAAUUUCAGGAAGCUGGGUUCCUUGGCAUGAUGGACUUGACGGAUUUUGUCCGGAAGAACGAAGAUGGCUUCCAGAAGCUACUCCUGGAGCAGUCUUCGAGGCCCAUGGCACAGCGAUGCCCGGUUGCACGCGCCAGCUUGGCUGUAACAUUGAUAUUGUACGAUCAGUUCGAGUGUGACAAGACCGAGAUGGAAGAUCUGAGAGGCUACCAGCUAUCGGACGGGAAGCAGCAGGACAAGCUAUACCGCCCCCUUCUGCUCCAAUGGUCGAGGCUACAUACUGCGGCGCUGGCCUCCUUCUUCCGACUGUGGAAAGCUACGGGUGCUGAGCAAAGCGACUUUGAUAAAGCCGCAGAACUCGUGCGCAUACUAGUGGAUCAGGUCAUUGGGCACGCGGGCCGCAUGAAAGACGUCGUCGAAGUCGAGGAGGACCUUGCCGAAUACGAUUGUGGUCGGCUGCGCGACCUGCAAAUGGACCUUCUCGAGCUGUCUUUCGAGGACAACUGGGGGCAGCAUCUCUACCAGGUGCGAGAUGACCUGAGACAAGAGUCCCUCUCUUUUGUCAAGGAACAACGGAUUCGGUGCCUGCUCCGAGGUGCGUGGUUUUCGAAACCAGCGCCACGUAAGGAGAGCCAAGGCAAUAGCCACCCCAAUAACCGGCGGAACACGAAUGGAACCCUGUGGCGGUACGUAAAACUCUCGCACAAUCGUCGCUACCUACACUACGCCGACUUUGCGUUGCGGACGGCACAGGAGCCAGGUUUGGAUUCGCUGAAUGAAAAGAUCGACUUGAGCAAGGUCAGUUCCGUCGUGUCGAACGUGUCGGUUGCCAAUGAGGAUGCGAGGAGCGAAUCGAGCAAGUCUCAGGGAGCCGUCAACACCAACUCCAAAUCCACCACCAAGAUCACUAUUUUCAGCUUCACAAGCCCUGAGGAGGCGGCAAAGCCAGGCGGGGAUGGCAAGGAGCAGCCAGUACUCACGCUGUAUCCCCUAAACCACAGUGUCGCGUCGGAAUGGCUUGACGGCCUGUUGAUGCUUCUGGAUCAGAAGCCGAUCACUGCCGAGUCUAACAAGCUCGUCUCACUGGUGGGAGACUACGGCCUCAAGAUCAGGCUCUUGAACGUACGGAUGGAGGCCGCCUACAGCGGUCCGCCGGCGGGAGCAGGUGUAGUGCCCAGCAGAGAGGGGCUGGACGAUGACUAUUGGUACGAAGUCUAA